AAAAUGAUAAACCACACAUCAGUUACAGAGUUCAUACUGCUGGGAUUGACAGAUGAUCCACAGUGGCAGAUGGUACUUCUCGUCUUCCUCCUACUUACCUACAUGUUGAGUGUAACUGGAAACCUAACCAUCAUCACCCUUACCCUGCUGGACUCCCACCUACAGACUCCUAUGUACUUCUUCCUCCGAAAUUUUUCCUUUUUAGAAAUUUCAUUCACAUCUGUUUGUAUUCCUAGAUUCCUAGUAACUGUUGUGACAGGAGAUAAGACCAUUUCCUAUAAUGGUUGUGUGGCUCAGUUAUUCUUUUUCAUCUUCUUAGGAGUGACAGAAUUUUACCUUCUUGCUGCCAUGUCCUAUGACCGCUAUGUUGCCAUCUGCAAGCCACUGCAUUACACAACCAUCAUGAGCAGUAAAGUCUGUACACUGCUUGUCUUUAGUUCUUGGCUGGCUGGGUUCCUGAUCAUCUUUCCACCUAUCCUCCUGCUGCUACAGUUGGAUUUCUGUGCAUCUAAUGUCAUUAAUCAUUUCAUUUGUGACUCCUCUCCCAUUCUGCAGCUCUCAUGCUCAAAUACUCAUUUCCUUGAACUGAUGGCAUUUUUUUUAGCUGUGGUGACCCUUAUGGUCACCUUGACAUUGGUGGUACUUUCUUAUACAUACAUAAUUAGGACAAUUCUGAAAAUCCCUUCUGCAAGUCAGAGAAAAAAAGCCUUUUCUACUUGUUCCUCCCACAUGAUUGUUGUCUCCCUUUCUUAUGGCAGCUGCAUUUUCAUGUACAUUAAACCCUCUGCAAGGGAAAGAGUAUCUUUGAGCAAAGGAGUGGCUGUACUCAACACCUCAGUUGCCCCCUUGUUAAAUCCCUUCAUUUAUACCCUAAGGAACCAGCAAGUGAAACAAGCCUUCAAGAAUAUGAUUCGAAAGAUUAUUUUUUCUUUAAAUAAGUAA